AUGGCCAAGUCCGAAGACGCUGACGGUGUAGUUGUAUCAAGGUCGUUCGAAAAUGAACUAUGGCUGGAUUUGAGAGGGACAGCCAUCUUUCCAAAGCAAGCGUUGGGCUUUCUCCAACAGGUUUUGUUCGACUGUGAAGAAGAUAUUGAUAAAGAAAAUAGAGGAAAAUGCGAUCAGCCCAUUCUCAACGUUGUAAGCAGAGUGCUACUAUCCGAAGAAGUAUUUGCAAAGGUUGUUGCUCUUCCCGAAUACUCUUUAAUUGAUUUUCUUUAUGUAUCACAAACCCACGAUCUCAUGGAAAUGUGUCGGGACACAGAACAAUCUGUGUCUAUUGGUAGAAUGCUCGCAUGCUCGCCCCGAACGACCAUCGACCCUCUAGCAGCCCUGGACACAUAUGCUCUGGGAGGAUGGCUAAUGAUUCAUUCCGAAGAAGAUGACCUUCGUGAUUCAACUGCAUGGAUCCAGCAGCAAAUUUCGAGCCUGGUCGAAUUCUUGGCCGGGCGAGCCAGUUCUUCUACAGCAUCUGCGUCAGGCCUCUUGAUACCCAGUUUGAACACCGGUUUUGAUCAGACGUCUUUGAACGGCGGCGUUGCCAUUUGUUGUCCAACGAAAAAUGCGUUGGUGCAAGUGGAUUCUAUUUUGGCGCAAUCGCGAUACACGAGCCAGUGCCGAGUUUGGUCAAUCAUCAUCAUCACAAGCCGCGCUUGUGUUGCCAUUCGAUGCGCUUCUUUGGAGAACGGCGAUUCAGAUGAGAGCAAGCGAAGGUGA